GCGGCUCCGAGCCCGCCGCCAGCCUCUCUCAGACGAACGGGGGCGGGGACACGGUGGCACCUACCAGAAUCUGCGACUCGAGCCGCCGAAGAGCCUCCAGAGACUACAAUCCAGCCGGGACGGAGCCUUGGGGUCACUGGCGCGGAGGGUCCUAGCGGAGCCUGGGAGGCAGGAGGCGCCGCCACAGUCUCGACAGCGCGUCCCAGCACCUCGGGCUCGCUCCCUCCGCGCUCCGGAAAAACUGAGGAAACGAGCUUGGUUCCCGGAGCCAGCGGGGACUGUGGAGACGCCGCGAAAACCCUCAACAGCUUGGACAUCGCCUUGGUUCCCUGAGAGUUGGAGGCUGUGGCAGCCAUCUCUGCCCUACACUCCUCCUGCAGGGGAGUUAAGCAUCAGACCACCUGGAGAUGAUGAGAGAGACAGCCUGGGGCCAUCCUGAGCCAGGGGAUGAUAGCAAAUAAGAAGAACUGACAGCUGGCUGACAGAAAACAUAUCCAGGGAGAGAAAAGACAUAAGUGGAGUAUGAAAUUUUGAGUAAUAUUUUCAGCCGGUGUCUGCCAGUCCGCAGAGCCUCUGUUUCACCACUUCUGAUGAAAAUAAACCUCUGGACGUCUCCUCAGGUAUUGAUUUCUGACUUCUGAAGAUGGAGGAAGGUGCAGAAAUUUCAAGUGAUGGGAAUUCCCUGAUCAAAGCAGUCCACCAGAGCCGGCUUCGCCUCACAAGACUUUUGCUAGAAGGUGGCGCCUACAUCAACGAGAGCAAUGACCGUGGGGAAACACCUUUAAUGAUUGCUUGUAAGACUAAACAUGUUGAUCAUCAGAGCGUCAGUAAAGCCAAAAUGGUUAAAUACCUGUUAGAAAACAAUGCUGAUCCCAACAUACAGGACAAAUCUGGGAAAACUGCCUUGAUGCAUGCUUGCUUAGAAAAAGCUGGUCCUGAAGUUGUUUCUUUGCUCCUGGAGAGUGGGGCCGACCUCAGCCUGCAAGACCAUUCGAGUUACUCAGCCCUUGUCUAUGCUCUCAAUUCGGAAGAUAGGGAAACCCUGAAAGUUCUACUCAGUGCUUGCAAGGCAAAGGGAAAAGAGGUCAUUAUCAUAACAACAGCAAAAUCGCCCUCUGGCAGGCAUACCACCCAACAGUACUUAAAUAUGCCUCCUUCUGAUAUAGAUGGGUAUCAUUCCCCAUCUACCUGUGCCACUCCUUCAGAAAUAGAUAUAAAAACAGCCUCAUCGCCACUUUCAUAUUCUUCUGAAACUGAAACGACACUUUUUGGCUUUAAAGAUCUGGAGCCUUCAGGAAGCCGUGAUGAUACCUGGGACCCAGGCUCCCCCGGAAGGAAGCCUGCUGUGGCCCUUAAUGGGCCCAAGCCACCCCAGGCUCCACCCUGGGUCAAACCCCCACCUUUGUUAAUGCACCAGAAGAGAGUAGCCUCUUUGCAAGAGGAGCUCCAGGAUAUUACUCCCGAGGAAGAAUUAUCCUACAAAACCAAUGGGCUGGCACUUUCCAAGCGAUUCAUUACCAGGCAUCAAAGUAUUGACAUAAAAGACACAGCACAUUUGCUAAGAGCCUUUGAUCAGGCCAGCUCAAGGAAGACAUCAUAUGAAGAAAUAAAUUAUCAGUCAUUUUCUUCAGAAGGAAGUCAGCACUGUGUUGAAAUCCCCAUUGACCAGGACCCAGACUCUAACCAGACAAUAUUUGCUUCCACCUUAAAAAGUAUAGUUCAGAAAAGAAACUCGGGGGCCAAUCACUACAGCUCUGACUCCCAGCUCUCGGCUGGUCUGAUCCCUACAACUUCAGAAGAUGGCAAAGGUCUUACAGCAAAGAAAAAGAUCCUCUCACCGUCUCCAUCCCUGUUAUCAGGUUCCAAAGAAUUGGUGGAGAAUAUCCCCCCAGGCCCCCUGAGCAGGAGAAACCAUGCAGUUUUAGAAAGGCGUGGCUCAGGAGCUUUCCCUUUGGAUCACAGCACCACCCAGACCAGACCAGGGUUUCUGCCACCCUUGAAUGUGAAUCCUCACCCUCCCAUCUCAGAUGUCAGUGUUAACAAGAUUUCCAGCCUUCUUUCUUGUGGUCAGAAAGUGCUUAUGCCAACAGUUCCUAUUUUCCCUAAAAGUAAAAAAAUGCUGUUAAGGAGACAGUCAUUGCAAACAGAGCAAAUUAAGCAAUUAGUAAAUUUUUAAGAUAUAGCUAGAAAACACAUUUUGUUCAAAUGUUGACAUCAAAGAGACAUAGAAAUAGAAAAGGAAUCUCAAAUGUUCAUUUUUUAAAAUCUUGUAAUUGGCUAAACGACAAUGGUUAAGGGGAUUGACAUGCACUGUGAUUCCUAGUAGGCACUGUGGACACUAGUAAUAUAUAGUUUCUGGUAAGGGAAUUCUCUCAAAAUUAAAGCUGUUUUUCUCAAAACCUCCAAGUCCAAGUUUUUAAUUUAAACAAAAUCAACAAAGAAAGAAGGUCACAUGUGUUGGAGAUGACUAACUUUUUUCAGAUUUGCCAAAUAUUUUAGUAGGAAACAGUAUCUUCAAGUCCCUUGUUUUUAACAUUUCAAGUCAGUAAAUAAGAUUGUAGUUUUCCAUCAUGCCAAAAGCAUUAAAAAAAACCACUAACAGCUAUAAAGUGUUCUAUGAUCUACAAGUUUAAGCUACAAAGAAAGAAUGAACUAAUUCUUUAAAAUGUUGACUGCAGGUAGAUGAAAAUAUAAUUAAAAUUUCAAUUGUCAACCAUUAUAGUAGACUGGAAUAGCUAAUACUCCUGUUGUCAGCUUAAUUUGUGUGCAACGGCAAGUUAGAGUUAUACACGCUAGUGAUGCUCUGUGCCCAGUGUGUGCUGUUUUUGCUCUGUUUUGUUUUUUAAACAUUGAAACAAAAAUGUUAUCUUAUGGUGUUCUUCUUUCUCCAUAUCCUUUAAUUCCUGUUACUCUUUUUGAAGCCUAUCCAUAGGUUCCCAAUAGAAAGACAUUUUAAAGUUAAAAAGCAUUCUUUACUUACAUCAAAUUAUCCUUGUCUUUCUAAAGACAACCAAAAGUUUGAGAUUUACUCACAACUAGAAACUAAAUGCCUGCUUCAUUUUAGAAAAGAAAAACUGAUUAUUAGAUUAGCUUAGGUUAGCUAAAACUAAGAAAGCCAGUAGAAACUUAAUUACAAAAUGUACCAAAUAUUCAGCCAAUAUUAAACAAUAUCUUUUUAUUUCUGAUACAUAAUUAUUAGACAUUUCUAUAAUGAGGAUAUAUAAGGAUAAUUUCCUUAGUGUGAUAAUCCAAUCAUGUAGUAUUUUAGGACCUGUGAAUAAUUUUUAACAAAAUAAAAGAAUACUAUGCUGCUAUUAUAAAAUAUUAUAAAAUUACUUAGCUAUACAAUUUCAAAAUAUAGUGUUCAUGCAAAGAAUCCUUAUUUCAGUCUAGCAGUUUACAAUAAAGAAUAAAUCAAACUGUACAAAACCUGAGUGUAUGUGAUAUCAUAUACAACUUCUUUGCUUCUGUCAGUAAGCGGAGAUCUUAGCAAUUGGGAUGAUGCUUUUCUUAGUAAUUGGGUAUAAGCAAGUUGUAAUGUAGAUAGUAAUUAUUUAAUUUCUUGUGGCUUUUAUUUGAAAAAAACUGGAGGUGUUCCAUUUAAUGUUUUGAAGAACAUGAAUAUUAAUUAUAUUAAAAAUAUUUUUCGAUUCAGAACUUAGAAUUGCACCUGAUGUUUAUAGGUAAUUAAACCCUUUUUGCAAGCUCUAAUAUUGAGAAAAGUGCUUGGCUUUAAGUUGUAAGGAUACAGGUUGGAAGAAUAUGUUAAUAGAUUAGUUCAUAAAAUGGUAUCAAUAAAGAUUUAAAAUUUCCAUUUUGAUUAUCACUGGCUUUUAUUUAUCUCAAAUACUAAUGAUAAAUAUUUCAACAUACUCUCAAGAGAAUUUGUGCCACAUAUGUUACUUGGAGCAAACAGAAAACUAAGAAUAACUUUUGUUGCUAUUCUCAUCCUAACAUGAAAAAAUAAAUAUAAUAGGAUUAAAACUUUAUUGGAAGGAGAGGUUGCAGUCAUCUAUUAAUCCUAAGGACACUGGGGGCUGAGGUGGCUUGAGCCGGUUAUGUUAAGUAGGAUAUAUCACUGGCCUCCCCAUGUUAAGUCACAGAUGUUUACAACAGGAAUCAGAUAUGUACGCAGGUCCAGAGGUUUUUUUGUUUUGUUUUGUUUUUAGCUCUUAAUUCACAAAGUAGCAACAGGCUCUGCUUCAACAGCCAAUGUUUCAAUUACAUUUUUUGAACUCUUAUUACAUUCUUUCACCCCAAGGAAAGGAUAUAGAAGGGACAAUGACCCGUCUUGAUGAGGAUGAACAGCACCAACCAAACCCAGAACAGCGCAGCCACCAGAUUUAGCCAGGCUGGUCCCUCAAGCACACAGAUGCAUAGAAACAAAAGAACCUCCUCAUCAGACAGGAGGCUGGGUGAGCACCUUUCAAGACCUGGCUGUUUACUCUGCUGGUGGGACUGUGGGGAUUAUUUAAUUAUUUAAAAUUAUUUAAAAAUAUGUAGUAAAGUAUUAAUAGCAAUUAUGUGAGAGGGCCCUUUAAGAAAUGUAAAAUUAAAUAUGAAAGGAACAUCCUUCCUAAAGUUGGAAUGGGAGGUGAGUGAGUUCAGGGACAGGCAGAUGGGGUUUUCCCUUUUCUUUCCAAGUUGGUAUAAAUUAGCAAUAUCAACUCAUCACUGGGAAAUGAAGCUACACCUGGCUUUUGUCCUAUGCUGUUUGGGUCAGUGGCACCACCUGACCUGUUCCUCAAGCCAGAAAUACAUAUGUUAGGUUCUUCCCUCUCCCCCAUCUUCUCCAUCCAAGUAGUUAAAAAAACUCUUAAGUUCUUUCUUCUUAACUUUCCCUCUAUCUCUGCAGCCUUCCCAUCCACUUUUACUACCACCUUAACUCAGGGCUUCAUCUCCUUGCACUUCGAUAAUUCCAAGUUGCCUUCUCUUGCCAUGAUAACCACCUUUCUCACGCUUUCCCACUUAAAAAAAAAAAACAAAACAAAACGGUGUGAAGACUCCCAUGGCCUAAGAGAAGGACCAUACUCCUUAACAUGGAAAAUGAAUCUGGCCCUGGCCUAAAUGUCCUGCCUCAGUGUGAUGCCUCCAAAAAUUUAUUUAAAUUUUUAUUUAUUGAUAGAGGAAGGGGGAGAGAGAGAAACAUUGAUUUGUUGUUCCACUUAUUUAUGCAUUCAUUGGUUGAUUCUUGUAUGUGCCCUGACCAGGGAUUGAACCCGCAAUCUUGAUCUAUCAAUGCAAUGUUCCAGACAACUGAGCUACCUGUCCAAGGCUACAGGCUUUUUUUUGUUUAUUUUUUUAACAGGUCAGAUCAGGUUUUUUUCCCACGUAGAGUUCCUUUGCUUCUGUGCCUCUGCCUGAAAGACCCUUCCCUCCUUAAGUCUACCUGGUGAAUAUUCAUCAUUCAAGUCACAUCUUAGGUGUUUCUAUCAAGAACAGACUGCUGUCUCCACACCAAAGCCUGGUGUAUAGUUCUAUCAUAGGAGUUAUAGCAAAUAUCCAACUUAUUGUUACAGGUCUCUCUUUCUCUACUAGACUGUGGAUCCUUGGGGCAGGAAUCAUUUCCAAAUUAUUGGCACAGCUAUAGCACAAAAACAUCAGUUAGAUAGAGGCCUGUCCCCCUCCUUCCCCACAGAGUUCCUAUUGAGUCCUAAAAUCAUGUGCUCCGUCACAAAAGACACAAUGACUAAACAAAAUUAUGGUCUUUGCACCAAAGGAUGGUGGAUACAAAGAAAACAAGCAGUCACAGUGAAGAGUAAAAGAGUGAUGUGGAACACUACAGCAAAGGCCCAAGCUCCCGCUACUGAGGUCCCAAGAGCUCCUGGAUCCUGCCCUGCUUCUUCCAAGACCUGGUUAUCAGCUCUUCUUGGUUUUACUUAUUCAUUAUAUAAUACUAACAUUUUCUAGAUAAAGAAGUUCUUAACACUCAACUAUUUUCCUUGCAUUGAUUCAUGAAUGUAAGAUUGUAAACACGUGGUAUGCUCCAAGAUAAGCUCACAUCUUAAAUUUCAAGGUGAAAGAGCAUUGUUUUUCUGUAUGUUCAUUAGGUACUUAAUUUUUUUCAUUACAAGGAAAAAAAUCGAAGACCCUAGCUCCAACAAACAAGCAAAUAAACUGUUCUAAAUAACUUUUAGCAAUUUCCCCUGGAUAGAUGAGCAUAUAUCUCGUUAUUAGCAAUUAUAUCACUCUUACAGAACCAUAAACUACUGUCCUUUUAAAAGCUCUGAUUUUUUUUUUAAACUACUAGAUCUCAAACCAAAGUCUCUUUGGGGAUAGGACUACUCUGCCAGGCUUCAGAAAUAAGGCUCAAAUGUUAUGGGAUCCCAAAAUCAAUACAUUAGAGUCAAGAACUUGAAGGGAGAAAAUGGGUGGUACUUAAUCUUUUACUUACUUUGUGCCUGUAAACUUCUCAAAUAUUUCCUAUAUAUAAAUGCUGAUAAAGACAUAAAAUUUUACAUAAGUAGUAUAAUAUACAUAUUUUGCAGCUUCUUUUUAAAAAUCAAUUAGUAGGAGUUCUUCGCAAAUUUGGAGUAUGAGCCCUUUGUCAGAAUGUGUUAAUGAUGUCUUUUGAUGAGCAAUUUUAGAUUUUGAUAAAGCGCAUUAAUCAUUUUCUUUCACGGUUAUUGUUGUGAUAUAAAAAACCAUUGCCUAAGCCCUGGCUGGCGUAGCUCAGUGGAUUGAGCACGGGCUGCGAACCAAAGUGUCGCAUGUUCGAUUCCCAGUCAGGGCACAUGCCUGGGU